AUGAGUGCGUUGGGUACUGCCAACCCCAGGGAAGAAGAGAUCGGCCUGAAACGCGGUGAGGUGCAAAUGCUGAAGUCGUGCUGUGACAUGAAGCGAUUGAAGUUGAGCGAGGCCAUUAGUGACAUCAAGAAUUACUGUUUCGAACACGCGGAUGCUGAUCAACUGAUUCACGCACCAAAGGACGACCCCUUCAAAAAUAAGCGAAAGUGCUCAAUCAUAUAA